AUGGGUUGCUGUCUUUCUCGUUCCUCGGGGCCCAAUUCACCCUACCCAGGUGGCGCACCCAACGCUUCAUCGCGUGCCAUUAAUCCUCCCCCACUGUCACUCCCCGAGGCCGCUCAACCACAAAUCCCUGCUGAAAGACGUCGCCAGCGUCGUCGCAAUGACCGUCCCUUGGAUCAGCACAUUGACAAACCCUUGCGACGACACGAAUGGACUUCCCGCGACCGCACCUGGACCAAGAGCGAACUGGCAAAAGAACGAGCCGCCUUCUUUGAUACCCGGGUCACCGGCAGACCCGAGAUAUGGCAAACUAUUCAUGCAGCCUUGCAAGUUCUAUGGGAUCCCGCGAGCCAAGACGCCCAGGAUGAUGGAUCCAACGGUCUUGCGACAGCUCAAAUGAUCCUCUCCGCAGCCGAGAUUUCUCUACCCACCGGCAACCUCUCCAACGGCGUCUACGAUUCUCUUGGAAAUUAUUAUCAAUUGCCGGAAUGGGCUGUUUCUGACCCGCAGAAUGUCCAAGAAGAUCAGGUACCCGGGGCGAAAGGCGACAUUUCCACCGCGGGUGACGAUACAGCAGCCGAUGAAGAAUUGAGUGACGACGAGAUUGAUGGCAAAAAGCAAGAGAAGGGAAAAGAAGUGGACGAGCCGAAAGAGCUGGUCAAGUUACGGGCUAGACUUAGUGAAAAUGGCCAGGACGUUAAUGUCAAUAUCUCAGAGUCGGAAACAGUCCGGAGUGUAGCAAAAAAGAUUGCCCUUGAGGCUGGUCUUGCUUCUACAAAGAAGAUCAGAAUCGCUUAUAUGGGCAAGAUCCUCAAGGAUAAUUUAUCCCUAUCGGCGCAGAAUUGGACGAUGGGACAUGUUGUCAAUGCCCUUGUUUUCGAAGCUUAA